UCGUUAUCAUGUCCGCCUACACCGGAGUCGCAAGCGCAGGAAGCUUAAACUCAGUCGAGUCCUCCCUCUGUGCACAGCUCCGCGCCAGCCGGCACAAAAACAGCGCACGCGCAUUUAAAUUACGCGAAUUAAAAUAAUACUGACAGCACAAUGACUACCAUGAUGGUAAAUCCGUUCAGCACGCAGGAUGCGCUAAUAGCCAAGGUUAUUACCAUGGUGACAUUGUUCACCCUUUCAAUGAUAGUCGGGCUGAUUCCCAUGGCCAUUUCAUUGAAGUUCGACUGGUUCACCAAAGCUGCUGAUGGCGAUUUGCGGACGAAGAACAAACUCGUGAUGGGACUCCUGGCUUUCGGCGGGGGAGUUCUCUUCUCCACCACUUUCAUGCAUUUGCUUCACGAAGUCGACGAGAACAUCGCGAUAUUGCAAGAGGAUGGUGACUUAGCAGACCUGCCGGUCUACUUAGGCGGGCUCAUCAUGUCGAUGGGAUUCUUCAUGAUGUAUUUGAUCGAGGAGCUGGUCCACAUGUACAUUGACAGCAGAAAUAAGAAGUCCUCCAACCUGUCUAGGACUUUCAGUAUUCGCAAACCUAGCAGCGAUUCUCAGUCCAUGAAGGAUGAGCUGAGAGAAAUGGAGAAUGCACGAGCUAGCAGACUUAGCCAUGGUCACAGCCACACUCAGCAAUUGGAUAUAGACUCCGAAGAAGAUUCUAUGAUGUCCGCUCUCAGAGGACUGCUGAUCGUCUUGGCUUUGUCGAUCCACGAACUGUUUGAGGGACUGGCUGUGGGGCUAGAGUCUUCUGUCGCUAAUGUAUGGUAUAUGUUCGGCGCGGUGUCCGCUCACAAGUACAUCAUCGCCUUCUGCAUCGGCGUGGAACUGCUGGCUGCCGGCACCAAGCGCUGGCUGUCCAUCGUCUACAUCUUCACCUUCUCCUUCGUCUCGGCGUUCGGCAUUGGCAUCGGUAUACUGCUGGUGGGUGGCGCGGGAGCGGCGGAGGCGGGCAUUUACUCUGUAGUGUUGCAGGGUCUGGCAUGCGGAACGCUGGUGUACGUGGUAUUCUUCGAGGUGUGGAAGCGAGACGGCUCCGGCAUCCGACAGUUCCUGUUCGGCUUCGCCGGAUUCGCAAUCAUGACUAUGGUCAAUGUGAUCGUGGAAGUUACUUUAGAAUCUUAAAUAUAAGUUUCCAAGACAACUGAGCUAUAUGAUUUCAUUGGCGACCGACGGAUCCCUGCACCAUGGAUCGCCUACCAAUUAAAUCUUAAUCACUAUGUAGCCAAGUUUCUGCUAUAGUUUUAAGAUAAGUAGUUAAAGUAGAUUAUUUAUUUUGAAGUGCGCUGUAUACUGUAUAAAUAUUAUGGAGGACAAGGGUGUGACAUCCAUUAACCCGUUCCAGCUAGAAGGAUUAUCCCCCCGUUACACAAUUUUGGAAGAUAGCUCCACCCAUAUUAACUUGAUAAGGAAUUUAAAAGUCCUAACGUUAGAUAGAGGAUUAUUGUAGUUGCUCGUAUUUCUUUUAUUUAAAAUAUUUAAACCAACGAUUAUUUAGAUGUUACCAACAGUCACUAAAACUUUAAACAGGGAGUUAAUUCAAAAUUAUAUUUUUAAGGUUUGUACAAAAAUUUGUAAAUAUUAAAAUGUAUUUUUGUAUAUUUGCUGCUUGUUGCCAUUAUGCAUUUACGCUAUGACUAAUAAUAAUAUUAUUUAUCUUUAAAAUAUUUGAAUAUAACUUCGUCAUUAAGCAUUUGAAUUAGAAGAGUGCUACAGGAUUUUUAUCUUUACGAUUGCUAAUUGAUACAAAAUCUUGCUUGCAUGCAGCUUUUCUUUGAAAACGUCUGCAUAACAAAGAAAACUUAGCCUACAUAUUUUUGUGAUAAUUAACUGUAUUAUAAUUAGGACACGAAAUAACUUAUUCAAUCGAAAAAGUAAUUCGAUCUAACUACAUAUUUAAUAGGUAGGUAAAUUUUUGUAUUGGAAUUUCAGACUUCUACCGAAACACUUGUAAAAUUAUCUAUUUCAAUAUAU